AUAGAAAAGUCUCGUAUCAAGUACAGGCAAACGUGCGCGUGGCGCGUGUGGGACUAGUCACGGCCGUGGACCACCGAUCGUGGUCGGUGUGCAAUGCGCGUCACCGCAAGUCGAUACAUCUCGAAGUCGAGCGCGAAUACAAUACCGUUCGAUGCCGACACUUUGUUCCCAUCGCUGUCGGCUGUCAGCUGCAUCCGGACGGCGCGACGCCACGCUCACGAUACAGAGGACAGAUAGAGAGAGAGAGAAAAUCGUGCGUGCAUUCAGACACGGUUUGUCACGGUCCGAGUGAAGUGUCUGCAGAUACGUGAGUCGGCAUCGAGAUAAUCCCUUGACACGGGCAAUUCUAGAUAAAUCAUUAUCUCGUAGAUAGAUAUUCCCGCGGAGAGGGACUCCACCGCCCGGAGCACGCCGGAGCACGCCGAAAUGGCCAAGUCGGAGAAUAUUUUUUUGUUCGUGCCCAACAUCAUCGGUUUCGGCCGAGUGAUUCUGGCGUUGAUUUCCUUCUACUUUAUGUCAACCAACUACGUUAUUGCAUCGUGGUGUUACGUGGUUAGCUCGUUGCUGGAUGCAAUAGACGGCCAUGCGGCCAGGUAUUACAACCAGAGCACUAAGUUCGGUGCAAUCUUGGACCAGCUGACGGAUAGAGUCGGCACGAUGUGUCUCAUGGCUACGUUAUGCCAAUUCUAUCAACCCUAUACCUUCUGGUUUCAAUUGAGCAUGGCUAUUGACAUAUCCUGUCACUGGAUAUAUCUGCACACGACUCUCCUGCAAGGAAAAACCAGUCACAAGUUCGUCGACAUGUCCGAGAAUCCGAUCAUGAGACUGUACUAUACGAAUCGUCUGGUACUAUUUUUCAUGUGCGCUGGCAACGAAGCAUUCUAUGCCGGUCUGUACCUCCUGCAUUUUACUUCCGGACCAAUUUUCGUGGGCAUGAGUCUGUACCGAUUAAUCGUGUACUUGACCUUCCCGAUAGCAUUUGUCAAAGCCGCUAUCUCUCUACUACAUGGAUACGUGGCGUGCAUCAAUCUCAGCAUCAUUGACGUGAAAGAACGUCAGGAGCGGCUUAAAGUAAAUUAAGAAUCUCGUUCUCUCAACACAUCAUUUGCUAGUCAAGUUGAAUGUGAUCUACAAAUCUUCCUAUUCUAUAAACUGUUGACACACGCAUUGUUUACGUACUUCCAUAUAUAUUUUUAAGAAGCAGAAAGAACCUUUUUAAAAAUGCGUGGUCAAAACGUGUCUCUAUUGAACUUAUAGACCUAUCUUGGAAGCUUUAACGACAGCAGUCGUUUACUGCUAUACAUUGUCUCAGAUAUAAUGUAUAGUAAGAAAGCUUAACAAUAACACUCUUCAAAAGUCAUAGAAUAGGUCUAUUAGUUGAUGCGUAGGAAAAAAGAUACUAUUCUUUGAAAAUAAUCCAAAGAUAAAUGGCCGGACCUCUUUACUUACGUUAGAAUAUAUGUGAAAUAUAUACUUUUACGAAAGAGGAGAGGAACUUGUUCUCAAAGCACUAAUAGUCACAAAGACCAAUAUAUUUCGCUAUACGUCAUAGUUUCAUAAGUUACGUUCGGCAGAAAAGCAGUUUUGCAAUUGUAAAAAAAAUUCUUGAUCACGAUUGGCCUCGUCUUCAGUUCC